CUAACAGAGCUAACCUGGCAACCCUAACUGCCGGUUAUUGGAGUAGUGAGGAAGAUGGUGGACUUUGCGACAACAGCGUGCUCAGAACUCCGUCCCAAACAAUUUAGAAAAUGCUUAAUAUCUCAACCUGGUAUUAGAUAUAGAUUACCGGGGUACAAUCAUAGAUAAUACAUUGUUUAAACCGUUAAAUAAAGUGACAUUUUCGCCACCGGACAACUCUUUAUUCCGAGGUUAAAGAAAGCGCGGAGUUGCUGACCCACCAGGUGGUUGCUGCCCGUGAAGGACGCUAACCAACGUUAGCCAAAGUGUCAACAAAAGUGUGAGCGAAGGUGUAAUUUUGGAAGCUGCUUUUUACCCGGCUGGCAAGAUAAACCACGGAGACCAUUCAGCCCUUUGCUUCUGCUGCCAAGACACCAGCUGUCAAUUCUGCGAGGAGCUGAUUUAACACGUUACCUGAAAGUAGGCUAACUUUAGCUGGCUAACCUCAGCUAGCUUUGUUGUGAACUGUGGAUCAAAGCGCUACUCAAAAUGCCACGGAGUAAAAAGGGGAAACGUGGCUCAGGCAAGCCGGGCUGUCUACGUCAGGAGGUUCUUCAGCUGCAGCUGUCGGCUAAAGCUUCACUGAAAGGUUUUAAAAAUGGGGUGAAAGGAGAGUCCGGGGCCAGUGAUGAUGACCUGACGUCUGAUAUUCUCAGCCAUUGCAGCAGUGCCAGUGAAAGCACCUCUGUGCUGGAAGAAGGCACAGGAGGAGAGCAGCUGGAUGAGCAGACUGCCCAGGAGGAAACGGAAGAUAAACUUAAGCAGUGUAUAGACAACCUGAUGGAUAAGAGCACUAAGACGCGUCUAGCAGGUCUCGAGUCCUUGCGACAGGCCUUCUGCUCCAGAGUGUUCUACGACUUCCUGACAGAGAGACGCCUCACUAUCAGCGACUGCCUGGAAAGAAGCCUUAAAAAAGGCGGUGUGGAGGAGCAGGCAGCAGCGGCCACAGUCUUCACCCUGCUCUGUAUCCAGCUUGGGGGUGGAGACGAGGCAGAGGAGGGCUUCAAGUUGCUUCGCCCCAUCUUCACCGCCAUUCUGAUUGACAACACUGCCAGCAUAGCAGCCCGCCAGAGUUGUGCCAGAGCUUUGGGGCUGUGCUGUUAUGUCUCUACCGCUGAAGAAGGAGAGGAUUUGAUCAAGUCGUUAGCGCUUCUGGAGAGCGUGUUCAUGUCUUCCUACCCCAACAGAGACGGAACGCUGCCCACACCCAAACCUGGCAGUCCAGGCCUCCACAGCGCCGCCCUGCAGGCCUGGUCACUGCUGGUCACCCUCUGCCCUACAUCUAGACUGACUGUGCUUCUUGACCUUCACCUCCCCAAACUGCAGGCGUGUCUGCAGAGCAGUGACGUCAACUACAGGAUAGCAGUGGGAGAGACCAUCGCCCUGCUGGUGGAGCUGGGACGAGAUAUAGACGAGGAAUUUGAGGUGGAGGACAAUGAAGGUCUGUCUCAAUGUCUAAAGAGCUUAGCCACAGAUAGCAACAAGCACCGAGCCAAGAACGACCGGCGGAAACAGCGCUCAAUUUUCCGAGAGGUGCUACAUUACAUAGAGAGUGAGGACUUCACCGAGGAGAAGAUCCAGUUUGGAAUGGAGAGCGUCUACAUCGACGGCUGGAUGAGGAGAAGAAUCUACGAUGCCUUCAAAGAGAUCCUGGAGUCUGGAGUCAGACACCAUCUACAGUUCAACCCACUACUGAGAGACAUAUUUGGCCUCGGCCCUCCACUCAUCCUGGACGCUACUGUCAAAGGCAACAAGAUCUCUCGAUUUGAGAAGCAUCUUUUCAACUCUGCUGCCUUUAAGGCCAGGACUAAACAGAGGAACAAAGUCCGGGACAAACGGGCUGAUGUCAUGUGAGAGAUUGACGGGGAUUGAGUGAAUGGAUGAGAUGGAUACGAAAUAAUGCCUUCAACAUUUCAGUUGCCAGAUGCACAAAGAUUCAACAAACUCUAAACAGGGCUUUUUUCCUUUUGUGCUCUUAACCUGAAAAAAUAAAAUUUCAGAUUCGAGAUGUCCAACAAUUA